AGACUCAAGCAGCAGCAGACAGAAGCUGAAACUACAUACAGCCGCUCAACUACAUCUGACAUAUUUCAACCAAAAGGAUGCUUUGUGUGUAUAUUUUCCUGUUGCUGACACUGAGCAGAGUGGGGCUGGGCUCUCUUCAAGAUAAACAGACUGACUUUGGCUUGAAGGUCUUCUCACAGCUGGCUCAGGACUCUGCAGACAAGAAUGUGGCCUUGUCUCCGUACGGCGUGGCCUCUGUGCUGGCCAUGGCUCAGCUUGGUGCUGCUGGAAACACCCGCAGAGCUUUAACUGCUGCUAUGGGCUUUUCUCUGCAAGAGCGAGGGAGGUCUCGGGUGCAGCGCCUCCUGCAGCGUGACCUGUCCAGUGAGGAGGGGGUUGAGACAGCCAGCGGUGUCAUGGUGGAGAGGAAGAUGAGCCUGGAGAAAGGAUACCGCCGAGCCCUGGCCAAGGCCUUCCAGACCCACCCUAACCAGGUGGACUUCACCAAGCCAGACCAGGCAGUCAGCGUCAUCAACUCAUGGGUCUCCGACCACACUGCAGGUGCUAUCCCAGAGUUCCUGGCAUCUGGAUCUUUGACUGAUGAGACCCGCCUGGUCCUCCUGAAUGCCCUCCACUUCCAGGGCCUCUGGAAGGUUCCCUUUGACCCCAAACUGACACAGGAGAGGAUGUUCCACUGUGCCAAUGGCAGCAGUGUGCCCGUGCACAUGAUGAGACUCACCAAUCACUUCAAGUAUGGUGAGUUUGUGACUGCCGAUGGGGUGGACUAUGAUGUUAUUGAGGUCCCAUACGAGGGGGACUCAAUGAGCAUGCUCCUGGUGUCACCCUUUGAGCCUGAAGUUCCCCUGAGUACACUCAGUGCAGAUCUGAGCAGCCAGAAGAUUAAGCAAUGGAGAAUGGAGUUGAGGAAUGUCAAGCGACAGCUGGCCAUGCCCAGGUUUUCUCUGAACUCUGAGGUGGAUUUGAAGACUGCUCUGCUUAACAUGGGUCUGGGAGACAUGUUUAACCUGGCUACUGCUGACUUCACACGCAUCACUUCUGAUGAGAGGCUGUGUGUGUCCAAGGUUCUGCAGAGAGUGAAGAUUGAGGUGAAUGAGCGAGGAACCAAGGGAGCAGCAGCAACAGCCGCUGUGAUGUUUUCUCGAAUGGCAGUGGAGGAGAUUACUCUGGACCGACCUUUCCUCUUUCUCAUCCAGCACAAACUUACAGGUGCUGUUCUGUUCAUGGGUCAGUUCAACCAGCCUCAAGAACAAUAACCCACUCGCCUUCAUUCCACUGUGUCUGACUACUGCUGCUCAUACUCCACAUAUACAUGGUGACCACACCAGACCUACUGUACAGGGUUCAUAUGACUGAAAGCUUUAUUUAUAAUGUGCUUAAUACAGGAAGACUGGGGCAAAGGGAUACACAGAUCUAACAUGACAGACAUUGGAAACAUUGACUGAGAGUUUAUAUGUUUGCUGUUAAUUUAUUUCUCUGAAUGUUUGAGGUUGAUGAGAUGGAAAGAAAUAUGAAGGAAAGUUAACUGAUUAGGUAGUUUACUGUUGUCUGACACAACAGGCACCAAUGCACUGCAUGAGUACCAAAAAAUUUGUAUUUUUUCUAUCUAUUUUUGCAAUGUUAUUUGUAAUGUCUAUUUUUGUUAUUGCCUUGUUGUUGCAAAGUUACAUUUGUGUUUGGCCAUAUUUAUAUUUAUUAAAAUACUAUGUUUUUACAAA